AUGCUGUCCUUAGCACUGUUCUACAUUUUAGCUGUUAUUUGCCCUGCCAGACGGACGCAUGCUCUACCACUGUAUCCAGACACAAGCUUGGAACCCCAAGAAGGUAGGCAAGAUAAUCUGGUGUCUUUGAUUUCUUUUGAUCUGACCAUGUCUAUGAUGUUCUAUUUUAGGCAUGUCUUGCUGAACCUUCCUUAUGAGACAUACAAUGUCUCAUCUUUUCUUGGUGUCAUUUAUAGUGUUUAGAUAUCUGGUUUUCAUUCUUAGAUCCCUAUGCAUAAUGUUGUGAGGGCAAUGUUGAACUCUGAAAUACUCUGUUCGUUAUCAACAACCAUGUAGGUCUACCGUAGAUGGCAAAGGGGAUCGAUUUUCCUCUGAGAACAUUGAAGGCAAUAGCUAUUUUUAUAGUUAAGUUCAGUCUGAGUCUGGACUUUUAACACCAGUUUUGAGUAACAUGACAUAAUUGGGUUCACUGGAACUUUCAGCAGUGGUGUGGGUCUCAGUAUUGAUGACGGAGAUAAUACUGUUUGAUUAUUGAGAGCUGUUCGGUCUAAGCAGAGCUAAUCCAGCAGUUGAUGGCAGAGGUGGAGGAUGGAGAGAACACUGAGCUGACUGACCAGAGAGAGGUGAAGAAUCUCUACCCUCUUCUGCUGCAGCGCGAUGGAGCCAGGGACACAUGGAAUAAAGCAGGUGAGGAGAGACAAAACCUACUAUCAAGAUACCAAGGAUUGGACAUGAAUGUUCUGAUAUCCCAUAACUCUUUGCCAUAUGCAGAGGAGUUAGUCAAAAGGACAAUGGGUUUUAUUCUAAACAGCUAGUCACCCAUAUAACGUGAUGAGGUCUAUAUUCACUGGGUUUAUCUUCUCAAUUUUCCUUCAGGAGCUAAAGAUUCUGUGCAGCAGGAUAAAUUUGUCAACAUGGUAAGAGUGUGUUAGACAUUUCUAUUGACUGUGUGAUACAAAAUAACCCUCUGGGAAAAGCAGUUAUAUUCUAUUAGGUUCUAUAUGGAUCCAUGUGUCAUAAAAUAUAUUCUGUCUGUGUUUUUUUAGGUUGAUGAUCUGAAGGUGGUGGUUUUGAAGCUCGCUGCAGCCGACAAGCUUCGCUCUCAGGGCUUCCUUCGUUCUGAGCAGAACUUGCCGAAAACCAACAAGAGA